AUGACCUCUGUCGCUCCGGUAGUCACCUUCAAGAAAGGCCCUUCUCGUCGUCCUCAGCAGUCUCGGAAUCGUGCACCUUCUCCAACAGCCGAUGAAGGCCAAGCGUCAUCAGAAGCUGGCCCGUCCACUUCUUCCGUCGUCCGACCAAGCAAGAAGAACGUUGCGAACCCAUUGGUGCAGGGCACGAAACGUCGGAGAGAGCUGAAUGAGAACGGAGAGGAGGGGGAUGCUGGGCUUGACGAUUUUGACUACAAAGCUGAGGAGGGGCUGUCCGGUGCAAAGGGGGAUGUCUACGCAACCAGGUCAACAGAGUGGGAUUUGGAGGCGGGUGGGGAGGCAAAGAUCGAUGGCAAGAAGAUUAAGCUGAAUGAGGACGGUGAAAUCGACGAUGGAUUGUAUCAUGGAGCUGCAGGAUACCUGAAAACGAUCAAUAAACGUACCGAUGUACUGGAUAAAAAGAUGCAGACUGGACCAAUACGAGCGACCACCAGCAUCCGGACAGUCACACUCGUCGAUUAUCAGCCAGACGUGUGUAAAGACUACAAGGAGACAGGUUUCUGUGGAUACGGAGAUUCAUGUAAAUUCUUACAUGAUCGUGGCGACUAUCUCGCUGGAUGGCAAUUGGACAAACUGGACCCAAACGGAGGUGUACCUCAGGAAGAAGAAGAGGAGAUUGAGGAAGUGCCGUUCGCCUGUCUCAUUUGCAGAAAAGAGUUCACAGAGCCGGUGGUGACGAAAUGUGGUCACUACUUCUGCAUGAAAUGUGCUAUCGAGCGUUUCCAAAAAUCACCAAAGUGCUACGCGUGUGGAGCGUCAACCUCUGGUAUCUUCAACAAGGCUGAGAAAAUACUGGCAAAGCUUGAGGCGAAGAACAAGCGGAAGAAGGAGGAGCGUGGUAUUGUGGAUGAAGACGACGAUGGAGGUAUCGAGAUAGGCGGCGAUGAGGAGGAGGAGGAAGAAGGAGAAAGAGGUGACAGUCCCGCUCUCAGUGACGAUUAG